AUGUCUAAGUUUGACUUGACACAGCGCAUGUCGCCCUUUCUUGAUCGCCAUUUAAUCAUUCCACUUCUGGAAUUCAUCGAGCCGAGAGGGAUUUAUGACGAAAAAUCGAUCACGGAGACGCACAGACAAUUACUUUCAAAGACAUGCAUGAUUGAUAGUUUGAUUGAGACUUACAAUGGAAAGAAUGUUCCAUCGUCAUUGGAAGCUCGCAAGGCUGAUAUAAUGAAGGAACGCACCGAAUUGAAGGCUAGCGUUGACCCGGUGAUCGCUAUUCUUGAAGCUCCCGAGGUGAAGGAAAUGCUUGAGAACAAUCGCGAGCGUGAUGGAAACGUCCGUAUCAUGGAAUAUCUUUCGCAGAACCAUAACUUCACUUCCGAAAUGGUCAACACUCUUUACAAAUUCAGUAAAUUUAUGUAUGAGUGCGGAAACUACACUGUCGCCUCGGUGUGCCUUUACUAUUAUCGUAAUUUGGCCAAUCAAGCUGAUCCAAACUAUUUGAACGCGUUGUACGGAAAAUUGGCCAGCGAGAUUCUUUUGCAAGAAUGGGAGCACGCGCGUGAUGACUUGCUCAAACUUCGGGCUUACAUCGACGCUAAUCCAUUCGAUACCGAUUGGGAGCUUGUUAACCAACGCGCUUGGCUCAUGCAUUGGGCUCUAUUCGUUUUCUUCAACUACCCGAAGGGUCGAGACGAGAUCAUCGAGAUGUUCCUGAACCAGCAAUCGUAUUUGAACGCCAUUCAAGUGUUGGCUCCUCAUUUGCUUCGCUAUCUCGCCGUCGCCGUUGUGACAAGCAAGAGCCGUCAAAAGAAUAGUCUUAAGGAUUUGAUCAAAGUUAUCGACAUUGAACGUCAUAACUAUGAAGACCCAGUGACCGAUUUCUUGACUUGCUUGUACAUCAAGCAUGACUUCGAUGAAGCUCAAGAGAAGUUGCAGCAAUGUGAGAAGGUGCUCUCGAACGACUUUUUCCUCACUGCUUGCUUGUCGGACUUCCGCGAAUCGGCGCGACUUUUGAUUUUCGAAAUGUUCUGCAGAAUUCAUCAAUGCAUUACGAUAGAAAUGCUCGCGAGAAGAUUGAAUAUGACUCAGGAAGACGCUGAACGCUGGAUUGUUGAUUUGAUCCGAACCUAUCGCAUCGAAGGCGCGAAAAUCGACAGCAAACUCGGACAAGUUGUGAUGGGCGUGAAGGCAACGAGUGUUCACGAGCAAGUCAUGGAAAACACGAAACGGCUGACACUCCGAGCACAACAAAUCGCCCUUCAGCUCGAAAAAGGAAGGCAAGAGAAGAACAAGGCCAAUUAA